AUGGCAGACGCUGCAAAGUUGGACCCAGACUACGAGUGCCCCAUCUGCUGGAACCCUUACAAUAACACCUUCCGGAUGCCCAAACUCUUAACAUGUCACCACUCCUUUUGUUUGGAGUGCUUGGCCCGUCUGAGCUUUGCCACUCAUAUUCACAACCGGCUGCAAUGCCCGCUGUGUCGCCAAACCACAACUCUCCAUUUAGAUCAGACUGUUACAGACUUACCCACCAACACUGCCAUACUAGGCCAGCUUAAGCUAGAGCCAGAGAGAAAUGGACUAUGUGCUAGAGGAGAUGCCAAGAGGCUAAAUUUCUUCCAGCGGCCACCCUCCGUCUAUACCCUCAACAUGGGUCAAGACACGGGGUCCAUAGAUGAUACUUACCAGACGGACCUCCAGCCCACAUUAGCCACCAUUCCCUCAGAUGAAUCUUCCUGGCAGUGUUUCCACAACCCUCAGUUCCGGAUGUUCUCUUACCUCAUGAUUACCAUGCUGGUGGUGAGCUUGCUUUUAAUAUUUUCUAUCUUCUGGACUCGUAAGAUGUUAUGGGGACCAGGUUGA